GCCAUCUUGCAGUUUAAUUUACCGGUCUGUCGCAGAAUGUUUAACAAGCGGCUACCAACUUGUAGUUGGUAAGUGCACGAUCGUUGAAAUAGUCAGUUAUGAGCAGCACCUCGGACGGACGUGGUACGUACGCGCUCUUUCCGUCGAAACUAAAACUCAUAAAAAAAGAGGGGGAAAAAAGAUACAAGAAUUUUCGUUCCAGUUCAGUGAGAAAAAGUCACCUGAGGUUAUGGUGCUUUACACGGCGGUGACGCAUCGUUUGUGUUAUUGUUUCAGUGCCCAAGCUAGGGGGAAGUUAUUUUAAUUUCAAAAGAUCAGCAAAAAAUUUAUGUUGCUUCGUGUCAUGUGUGACUUAGUGACGGUUGGUUGAUUUUUAACCACGUUUAAGUGUGUUCUCCGUACAUCUGCUUUUGCAUGUGUGAAUAUGACGGUUUAGUGAAGAAAAUAAAUUUUGGGAAAAGUGAUCAAUUAAAUCAUUAAAUUCAUAUCGGAAUGUAGCGCAUUUUGAACACUUAUGAUCGAUUAAACAUCACUGGAAAUUUUAGCUUUAUUAAAGCAGAUUCAAAUAAUCUACAUAACCCACUAUCAUGGAUAAAUGCAACCUUGCAUUAAAUCACAAUGGAAUUAACAUUUAGUCUUAAUUUGACAUUAUUCUUACUGAGUAUUAUACUACUGGUUGCUUGCAAGCAACGGGCCACGUCUUACAAAUUUAUGAAAGUGCGAUUGAAAAUCUUACUUGGGUUGUUACUUAUCUUGUUACCAACUGCUUCGUGCAACAGACCACCCCGUUUCUUGAUAGAUGGUCCUCCAGAGAUAGUAUUGCGGCUCAAAGAGGGAUCGGAUACGCCCGUAGAUUCACUCAUAUACCGCGUCAAAGGAUAUGAUCCCGACGGAGACCCGCUCACGUUUGGGGUUCGGCCUUCUGUAGAUAGUGGUUUGAUAAGGUUAGAGCAAAAAAGUAAAAUUGAAGCAAACAUUUAUUUGAGCAAGGAGCUUGACCGAGAGGUUAAAGACGAAUAUAAAUUUGUUCUUACACUGAGCGACGGCCGACUAGGAGAUUACACAAUAACACAAAGCUUACUUUUGCUGGUCGAAGACGUAAAUGAUAAUGAACCAAUAUUCAAGCCAUUUACUUCAGCUGUUGAAGUCUCUGAAAAUAGUGCUCCAGGAGUUAUCGUCACGGUGGAGGCGACAGAUCGCGACGAGGGAGCAUAUGGGCAAGUUGUAUAUUUUUUAGAAGAGCUGGAAGGAGAUAACGAGGUGUUCACAAUAUCUACAACAUAUGGUAAAGGUAUUAUAAGAUUGGUAGGGUCUUUGGAUUAUGAAAGGAAAAGUUUAUAUCAGCUGAGAAUUCUCGCCAAGGACAGGGCUAUUCAGGGAAGAGUCAACACUGGCACAGCAGCACUGCUUGUUAAGGUGAAAGAUGUUGAAGACCAGCUACCGGAAUUUAUACUUGUCUCCUCCGUAACUCGCAUUGCUGAAGAUGCUCCUGUGGGAACAGAAGUGACUGCAGUCAAAGCUAUCGAUGGAGACAGAGGUGUUAAUAAUCGCAUCCAGUACUCGAUUGUUGAAAACGAUGGAUCUCCAUUCAGUAUUGAUCGGCAGACCGGAGCCAUAGUGACUACUGCAAAGCUAGAUCGUGAAGACACCCGAAAUCGCAUGAGAGCGGCAUAUAUUUUAGAAAUCGUAGCCACUGAAGUUUCUGACGUAGAGCCUGCUCCAUCAGUUAAAACCGAGUUGACUAUAUUGAUAACUGAUGUAAAUGAUGAGUCUCCCACAUUCAAAAGCCACAAGUACGAAUUGGAAAUCAACGAAAAUGCUCAACAAAAUACGCCAGUUACAUUUUUAUCGUUUGGACUUAAUUUUGUGUUUGACUAUGAUCAAGGAAAAAACGGUACAUUUGAUUUGUAUCUAGAGCCUGGUGGUGGCGCGUUCGAAAUUUCUCCAAGCAGGGCGGUGAAUGAGGCAACGUUUAUUCUACGAGUAGCGAAUCCUAGUCUGUUGGAUUAUGAAAAAAAUAAAACGAUGAAUUUUAAAAUCCACGCACGAGAGAUAACCGACGAGGGAAGGCAUAAUGUGGCAGAUAUUGUAGUUUAUAUUCGUGAUCAAAACGACAAUUUUCCAGAGUAUGAAAAGGCCCAGUACGAAUGUUAUCUUCCCGAAAAUAGUGUCAUUGGUGUUAUACUAACACAGGUGCAAGCUGUUGACAUAGAUUCGGGAAGAUUUGGAACAGAAGGGAUAAGAUACACUCAUAUAUCUGGAAGCAUGGCAGAUUUGCUGUCUUUACAUCCGGUCACUGGGGCUAUAACAUUAAAAAUUCAGGGUGACGAAGCACUAGAUCGAGAGCUUAUCCAGAAGCAUUAUCUCACCGUAGAAGCAAGAGAUGAUUUUGGAAAGGGAAAUCUGAAAACCGUUCAAGUUAUCGUGUUCAUUUUGGAUUCUAAUGAUAACUUUCCAGUAUUUCUGCAAAAUUCAUAUGAAGCCAGAUUAAUGGAAAAUAAAAUGUCGUUUGAAACACCUCUCAUCAUUCAUGCUAAAGAUGCUGACCAAAAUGGUACCAGGAAUAGCGAAGUAAGAUAUGAGAUCAUAGAAGGACAGUUCAAAGAAAAUUUCACCAUAGACUAUGUAAAUGGAGAACUAAAGCCUAAGACUUAUGUAGAUUUUGAACUACUUAAUAGUGGAAUAUUCAACAUUCGUCCAAUUCAUCUUACUGUUCAAGCUUCAGAUCUUGGGACUCCUUCACUGAGCUCGAAAGUGUCAGUUAUCGUUUAUGUCCAGGAUGUAAACGAUCAUCCUCCUCAGUUUACGAAUUUAUUCUACAGUCGAUCGAUUCCUGAAGAUCUACCAGGCGGCAGCUCUGUCCUGUCACUGAAUGCUAUCGACAUGGAUGGAUCAUCUCCGAAUAAUUUUAUAGUUUACCGUAUUCAAAGUGGAGCUAGCGACAAGUUUGUCAUCAGCCCUGACAAAGGGAUAAUUUCGAUAGCUACCGGGGCAACACUUGACCCAGAUUUGACUGAGUCUAAAAUUACAGAGUAUGCACUAACAGUGGUUGCCCUGGAUGGUGGAAUUGGCGAACAACAACUUCGGAGUUAUUGCAAAGUUAACAUAGCAAUCAUCGACAAAAACAACAAAGUGCCAUACUUUCUAGAGCCAGGAACCAUAUCCAUCAGGGAAAAUUCACCAGUUGGCACUUAUGCGUACCGUUUAAUUGCUUACGACUUGGAUAGAAACCCCAUGUUACGCUUCUAUAUGGACGGUAACAAUUCAGAAGCUAGGUCUGAGGAUGGAUUACUGGUUAAGCUUAGCGAAUAUGACUACCUUGCAGCGUUCUCAUUAAAUUCAACAGAUGGUCUUAUCCGGGUGGUAAAAUUACUAGACCGUGAAAAAAUAGAAACCGUAAGGCUUGGCUUCAUCGUUGAAGACGUGGCGUCCGAGAGUGGUAAACAAACAUCUAGUGCAACGCUGGUAAUCCGAAUCGAAGAUGAGAACGAUAAUCCUCCCAGGUUUCAAAAGUCCUUCUAUAAGCGCUCUGUUGCAGAAAACAGUCCUAUUGGUUCGCCAGUAUUAAAUGUAGUUGCAAAUGAUAUUGACAAAAAUAAAACAAUCCGGUACACCUUGGAAGGUCCGAAAGAGAUCACAAGGCUGCUUCAUUUGGAUACAGAGUCUGGAGAGAUUGUGAUAGCUAAUAAAAUUGAUUACGAAAUAUUUCAAUGGUUGAAUGUCACUGUUCGAGCCACAGAUUCCGGAUAUCCAUCCCGGUCCAGCCUAACAGAGUUGAUAAUCCGAGUGAUUGAUGAAAAUGAUAAUAAUCCAUACUUUUCUUCGGAUGCCACAAAUUUUACCGUGUACGAAAAUUCCCCAAUCGGAUUCAAAAUAGCAUCGUUGCAAGCUCAGGACGCAGAUACAGGAUCCUUUGGAAAGAUUACUUAUUUGAUUGACAGAAUGAGUUCAAAUGGAAAAUUUUCCAUUGAUCCCGAAAGUGGAGAUCUGUUGGCGGCCGAUUAUUUAGAUAGAGAAGCAAAGCAGAUGUAUAUGCUAGUGAUAGAAGCGUGGGACAAUUAUCAGUUUGGAUAUUUAAGUGGAGAGAGUCGCAAUGCCUUCAAGCAAAUAUUUGUUUCAAUCCUGGAUGAAAAUGAUAACACUCCGGUCAUGACGGUACCCGAAGGAUGUGCCCAAGUAACAGAGUUUCACAACAUUCGUGAACCUAUGAUGGAGAUAAAAGCCACCGAUAUCGAUGAUUCGGAAACUGGAAAUGCACAAAUUGAAUUUGAAAUUGUAGAAACCAUUGGCACUAACAAAUUUUAUCUCAAGCAAAUUGCCUCCGGCAAGGCAGAGAUUUAUUCCAACCAGUCGUUGAAUAAUUUAUACGGAAAUUAUUCACUCCUCAUUACGGCACGUGAUAAGGGAGUUCCGUCCAACGCCGUCAGCGAAAAAGUGGACAUUUGUGUGCUGGAUUUCAAUGACCAUGCUCCUAACUUUAUUUAUCCAUCGAAUGAUAGUAUUAUACAUGUUCCAGAGAACGCUACAGUUGGUACUAGUAUUAUCCAGGUAAAAGCAAUCGAUUCUGAUGUAGGUCCUAACGCAGCGGUAAUGUACCGCUUCAAACCAGAUCCAGUGGGUGGAUACAGGUCAUUUUCAAUUGACGAGUACAGUGGAGUAAUCACGCUUAAACUACUUUUGGACCGUGAGAGACAAAAAAAGUAUGAACUUCGUGUUGAAGCGUAUGACCAAGGAAUUCCGACACCCUUGAGUGCGGAUCUAGAUUUGAGCAUCCAUGUUAAAAAUGUCAAUGACUAUGAGCCAAAAUUCUUGAUUGAAGAAAUCACUGUAAACUUUACCGAACAUUCUAAACCAGGCAUGGAGUACAAAAAGUUGCCAGACACGAUAGACCGUGAUGAGGUCGACUAUUUUGACGAUACUCCAACGUUGGUUUGCUAUUUUAUUGUCCAUGGAAACGAAGAAGGGCACUUUCAAUUGGACAAACGUAGUCAUAUUUUAACGGUGGUCCGAGAACUUGACCGAGAAAAAAAAUCGAAUCAUACUCUUAUUGUCAAAGCAUCUGAAAAUUGCAUCAAUACUCCAGAAAACUUAGCUCUUAGUCAGCCAAGAGCAAUCGCAGUUAAAUCAUCGGAAAACGACGUUUAUCAAAUCGCAUCACAGACACAUUUCGUAUCCGUACAAAAUUUUGAAACAAAUCAAACCGUUAAAAACGUACAGCAAAUGCAACUAAACGAGUAUCAUUCAUCAAAAUCAGUGGCCGAAAAAUAUUCGAGCGAAUUUUUUUAUCAGCGCGAAAGCACGCUUGUUCGAGUUUUGAUCUACGUGCAAGAUAUAAACGACAACCCUCCGGUUUUUACGCAGAAAAUAUUCACCGGUGGCGUCACAUCUUCGACCACAUUCGGAACACAAUUCAUGAAGCUGACGGCUGUAGACCAUGACGAAGGUACUCAUGCGCAAAUGAGCUUCUAUCAAAUUGGAGAGGUAAAACAAUCGCUCGACGAAGGCCUGGAUCACUUGAGAAAGCCUCCAUUCCUGGUGGAUCGUGAUACGGGAGCUAUUCAGAUAAAUUUCGAUCCCCAAAAAGGCAUGAAGGGUUAUUUCGACUUCAAAGUGAUGGUUAAUGAUAGUGCAGGCCAUAGAGAUGAUGCGCACGUGUUCAUAUAUUUGUUGCGAGAGGAUCAACGUGUUAAAUUUGUGUUGCGUUUGCAGCCGGUGGAGAUGCGCGAGAAAAUCAACAUAUUCAGAGAUGCACUGAGUGAUGUUAGCAGUUGUAUAGUAAAUGUGGAUGAUUUUCGUGUCCACGAAAAUCGUGAUGGAUCUAUCGAUAAAACAAAGACUGAUGUUUAUAUACACUUGGUUAACCGAAAAGACAAUUCUAUUUUAGACGUUUCGGACGUACUGAAACUACUGGACGAGAAUGUUGAGAUGUUGAAUGAACUCUUCAAGGAAUUCAACGUGCUUGACACACAAGCUUCAGAAGCAUCCUUUUUUACUGCCGAUUUAUCUGGUGGAUCUGUUUUUGUUUGGCUAGUAAUUUCAAACAUAUUUAUUGGUGCUUUACUCAUUGUAAUACUAGCAUUAUGCGUUUCGCAACGUAGUAAAUAUCGGCGUCAGUUGAGAGCGGCUCGGGUGGCAAAUUAUGCUGCUGCCCAUUCAGACCUGGUGACAAAGGGUUUGUUAUCCUCGGUUCCAAACACAAACAAGCACAGCAUUGAAGGCAGCAAUCCGAUUUGGUUGAAGGCAUAUGAAAACGAAUGGUUUAAAAAUGAUGAAGGCCAUGUAAAAAACAUCUCUGGACCAGAAUCGCUCGAAGAAAAUAUUAUCAGUGCUGAUGAUCUGACAAAAACCCUCAACUUCGAUCGCUUUGAUGCAAAGCAGUACAACUUAUACUCACAAGUUGAUAAAUUUACAAACAAAAAUAUACUUACCAACAAACUGGAAACUACGGAGCUUUAAACUUCGAAACAAUAAAAUGUCAUAUCAAUGC